AUGGGCGGGGGCAGAGGUGCCUUGCAAGGGGAGAGUUGGACAUGGGCCGCUUUGGCAAGAUCUGCGCGGCAAUUUGUCAUUCUACACAGCGAUGAAUUUGGCUUCCAGAGAGAUUACGCUGGAUGUGCAGUCCCCUGUGUACUGGCAGAUGCGGGAGAUUUGGAGGCAAAUCGACACCAAUGCCACCCUCUCAGCCAAAGCAUCGCAUCACAGCUGGUUUCAUUUCGGCUCGGGAUGGCAGUAAGGAGAGACUGCGCAGUGGGCUAUGUCACCUUGAAAUUGAUUGGGUUCAUGUCGCUGAAAGUUACAGAUCUUCUGGCAGAACUUCUGAAGCCCGAAGGCGUUAUGAUCCACGAGGCCCUGCGGUUCCUGGCCUCCACUUUGGACUGGCACCAGGUGGCGGAGACUGGCUGGCCACUAUUUCGCCUGCUUGCAAGGCUUGAGUACUUUGCUUUUGCGGAGAUGGGUGCCGCCAACCCGCUAAACGAGAAGCUGGAGUCGGCGUGGUCUUAUGAGGUGCCGUUCCUGGAGACAGUGGAGCGGAGCCUGGAGGAAGGUGUCGCCGUGCCUGCGGCGGCCAGCAGCCUGCUUCUGUCUUACCACGAGUUCUACUCGCCCCUGGCCCGUGGUCUGGCAUUGCUGUCUCUGGCCGAGACGCUGCGCCCACCCCGGCUGGCGCUGGCCGAGGUGGGCGAGCGCGAACGAUUGAUCCGACGCGGCGUGUAUUUGCUUGGCGACAACUUCCUCAGUUCCAAGUACCCGCCCUUCGUGGCGCUCUCUGCGCGGUGGCCAGUCUUUCAGCUGGCGGACCGCUUGGCCUGCCAGGGCGAGGUGCGCUGGCAGCUGCCGGCCCAUGGGGUGAAGCCGAAGCUCCGCGUGGCCGUGCUGCCCGUGCCGGAGAAGGUCUCUGACGUGGUGCGUGCCUGCCGUCUUCCGUACUGCGACCUCAGCUUCAUGGAGCUGAUGUUGAGGGCUGCCGCCGGCUCUGGGGCGGUGCAUUUGGUGGAGAUGGGCGCCAACCUGGGGGACUGCAGCCUGUGGGCAGCGGCCCACCUGGGGAGGCGCCUGCGCAGCGUGGUGGCCGUGGAGCCGGUGCCCAACGUGGCCGCAGCGCUGCGGCGCUCCGUGCAGCUGAACCGAUGGGAUGAGAAGAUCCAGGUGGUGCAAGCGCUUGCCGCCGCCCAAAGUGGAUGGGGCAAGAUGCACUUCCUGGGGCAUGCGGAUGGCAACCCCUACGCCAGUGCAUCCGCUGUGGCGCCAGAGUCUUUUGCAGCGCCCUCGGUGCCCGCGCGGCGCACCACGCUGGCGUGGCUGCUGCGGCACAUGCCACGGGGACGCGGCGCGGCGCGGGUGCUGAAGAUCUACACCUAUGGGGACCUGCGGGCGGUCCUGGCAGGCGCUGGCGCAGCGCUUGCCAGGGUGGAUGCCUUGUGGCUGGCCUUUGCAGCCGGGCAGCUGCGGCGCCCGGGUGCCGCUGCGGUGCUGCUAUUCGCCCUGCUUCGGCGCCGCUUCCGGGUGGCCCUGCCCAGCUUUGAGGCGGACUGGUGCCGCGGCGCUGCCUCCAAGACCAGCGGCUCCGCAGAGCGGAGGAUGUUCCGCUGGCUGAGGCAAACAGGAAAGAACAGUGCCUAUUCCAUGGUCUACGUCGUCGCUUUCCGGCCUGGGUCGUUGGUUUGCCGGCCUUGGUCAGCCAGACCGUCCCCAGGUCACAUGAAGGCUGCGAUGCGAAGCUGGGACAAGACUGGGGCAGCCCGGGGCUGCUUCUUCGGACGGUCACGCAGGCAGCUACUGAUGGCCAAGCGAUACAGAGCAGGUUAUGAGUCGUACUUCCUUGGGGAUGAGGAAUUCCACAUGGAACAGCUGAUGAGGUUCCACCGCAAGCUCAAGACCAAAGACCGGGGCAAGAUCCGCGCCAAGCUGUGCAACAAGCUCACAGAGCAACUCCGGGACAUGGGGUACGAGAUCAUCGGUAGCGACCGCGCUGCUGCCAUUGAGCGCGUGUCGGAGGCGUUGACGCAGGGCACUGCAGAGGAGGGCCCACUGGUGUGCAGCAUCUUGGCGAAGGAGUUGGAAGGCACUCGCUUUGACCACCUCUGGGUCUCGCAGGAUGGAAAAGGUACGUACAGACUGGGUGAGGACGGCAUGAAAGUUGCUGUGCAGGUCUUAGAUGGCAAGCUGCUCAUCCAUGGCUACUUUGAAGGUUCUUUGAUUCACCCAGUGCGGGUGCCUGUAGUCACAUUCCUCGCUGAGUUCGGCCGCAGCUCUCAACAAGAAGCCAAUGACGACUGCGACCUUUUCGGCUCCACAGGCCCUCCAAAGGCAACGCCUGAGGCUGAGAAAGACCGCAGCCGCAGCCCAAAGCAUAAGGUGGCUCAUCAUGAGCAUGCAGCGAACGAGCAUACACUGCCCCCUGGCUGGGUGAAGAAGGAGUCUCGCUCCAAGCCUGGCGUAUACUACUACGCCAAUGAGGCAAAGGGUCUCACGCAGUUCGAGCGUCCGGCUUGA